AUGCUGGAAUCCUUAAACAGCACCAACACGGUGCUCUAUGCUCAGUUGCUGGUUGACCUCUACGUCAGCACUCAGAGCUCGGAGUAUUUAGAGGAGGCUCGGUUCCUCUUCGAGAGCCUCAGUUCAUCAAGCCACGAAGACUACGCACGUGUGCUCAAGCACCUGGCCUCCAGGAGCAGAUUUGCGGAGAAGUUCAGCGAAGCUUUAGACUUCUAUGAGCAGGCGGGAAGAGCAUACAAGGAGAUGGGCCUGGAACAGUCCCCUGGCUAUGCUGACUUGCUGAUGAACCAGGGCACAGCACACCGAAAAGCCGGGAACAGCGAGAGUGCGCUCGCAGCUUACAGGAGCUCACAACACGUGUACGCAGUGAUAGGGGUCACAGACAGCCCGGGCUAUGCGCUGCUUCUCUCAGAGAUUGGUAAGCUUCAUGAGCAGAUGCAGGACAUGUGCGCGGCCGUUCAUUACUUCAAAGAGGCCCUCCAAAUAUAUCAUGCGGCCGGCGCGCAUGCUGCGACUGUCGCGAAGCUUUGGGCGCGUGUUGGCAAGGGCUUGGAGAGUCUAGAGGACAUGGCACAGGCGGCAGACGCAUAUACCCAAGCUCGGGGCCUGUUCGAGGCCUGCGGGGAGGUGAACCAUGCAGUCUACGCAGAGGUGGUCUCCAAUGCAAGUCGCUUAGAGUCGGGUGCCCGCUGA